ACAGACACCUUCCCAUUGGAGGCUAUGAGCGUCACAGAGAGGGCGGACAGCACUGUGGUCCACGCAGCCUGUGUCACGGGAGGAUGAGGGUGCCGCCUAAAAGCGUGAAGACUUAUUGGAUACGUGUUGUUGCUAGGGGCGUGGGCUGUGCCGUGAAAUUGUCUAGGCUACUUUCCCUCAAACCGGAGAUAAGAAAAAAGAUUUUAAAACAUUUCAGGAGGACAAUAGUGUCAUCAGCUGGAUAAGAGAUGCGCUGAGAGCUUCCUGGUUCAACCUGAGGGAAAGUGUGCCGCAGUGGCAUAAUCUGAUAAUCUUCAACCCAUCCUGUGCUCCGCACCUAAACGACAGACAGAGGGGGAAUACAAGUGCGCGAGAAUGGUCAAAGGAAGAAUGAAGAGGAGCUGAGGUAACACUUAAUGGGACUUCAGAUUUCAACCCGGAACACCUGCGAUUUAUUUGCAUGAACCGGAUCCCGGCUCGGUGCGUGUUUACAGGGAUGACAGCUGCGCACUUCGUCCCGUGACGCGUCUUUAGGGGGAUUAGCGCGUGGCACAGCCUAAACAUCCCGGCCUGUCCACUGCCAGUGUGUAGUCGCGGAACAAUCCAAAUUUUUUUACAGAGGAGACCUUAUGCAGUGUGGAGGAAAGUGCUAACUUGAGCUCAGGGGAUGACAUCAGGCUUAAAUUGAGUAUCUCUGCGCUGUAUUGCAGCAAGGUGCACAGGCGCAUGAGGAGGUGGCAGGAAGCAAUGCACGCAUCCUCCGAGCUGGACGUUUUGCGGGGAUGCUAUGUAUCCUAAACAAACACAAGGCUUAUAAGGCCAUACAUCCUGAGCUGGAGAACUGCGUCACUGCAUGCGCGAGCUGCAGGUAGGCAGCAAACUCUCCCACCACCGGGGAGGCGCGUGCUCAUCCUCCUCCCUGCACCAUGGCGCCGGUAAGUGUUUGAGAAGUUACCGGGAUGGAUUCGGCGGAGGAUUCAAGGAAAGAUCCGCCGCUGGGUUCCACGUUUUCCUCAGCGCCCAAUUUAGACUCGGACAUUAACGCCAAUGCCCACAGGGCUGUUUAUGAAAACGGGACGGACCACAAUGUCAACAUCCAGAACGAAUCCCUGCGAGGAUCAAGCGACCCCAGCGCCUACCCGUCCACUGACUACCAGGGGCUAGUCCGCCAGAGGUUCAUCCGCCGGAGCCUCUGGGUGUCAGACUCCGAGGAGCAGCCGCUCGACCCGCCGGAGUGUGUCAACAGAAGCCCGGAACGAAACAUUGACCUACGGACCAUCGUGGACCGGAGUCGGACCCGGUCCCAGCACGGAGCUCAUCUUGGCCUCCAGGAUACCUCCAGCACAGAGAGCCAGGUGGUCUUAAAGGACAGCGCCACAGAGAGCGCGAGCGCCGAGGAGGAGAAAGGGGGCAGGAGAGAAAGCGUGCCAAAGGCAGAGGUCGUGCCCUCUGACGUCACAGGUAAAGCGGGAAGUGAUGAGAACGAAGAAGAGCCCGGGACGAAGGCGGUGUCCACCUCACCUGGGGGCCGCUUCCUCAAGUUUGACAUUGAGCUGGGGAGGGGGUCCUUCAAGACGGUCUACAAAGGUCUGGACACCGACACCUGGGUCGAAGUGGCAUGGUGUGAACUCCAGGAACGGAAACUGUCCAAAGCUGAGAGACAGAGGUUCAAAGAGGAGGCGGAGAUGUUAAAGGCACUGCAGCACCCCAACAUCGUGCGAUUCUACGACUUCUGGGAAUCGCCAAUGAAAGGGAAGAAGUGUAUCGUUCUGGUGACAGAGCUAAUGACCUCAGGGACGCUAAAAACCUACCUGAAGCGAUUUAAGGUGAUGAAGCCCAAAGUCCUUAGGAGCUGGUGCAGACAAAUCCUCAAAGGCCUCCACUUCCUCCACACGAGGGCUCCUCCCAUCAUCCACAGAGACCUCAAGUGUGACAACAUCUUCAUCACUGGUCCAACAGGCUCUGUUAAAAUAGGAGACCUGGGCCUGGCGACUCUGAAGAGGGCCUCCUUUGCUAAAAGUGUUAUAGGCACUCCGGAGUUCAUGGCCCCAGAGAUGUAUGAGGAGCACUAUGAUGAGGCUGUGGAUGUUUAUGCGUUUGGGAUGUGUAUGCUGGAGAUGGCCACCUCUGAAUACCCCUACUCUGAGUGUCAAAACGCUGCUCAGAUCUACCGCAAAGUGACCAGUGGUGUGAAACCUGCCAGCUACGGUAAAAUCAGUGACCCAGAAAUCAAGGAGAUAAUAGGGGAAUGUAUCUGUCACAAAUGGGAGGAAAGGUACUCCAUCAAGGACCUCCUAAAUCAUGCAUUCUUUGCAGAGGAUACAGGCGUGAGGGUGGAGCUCAAUGAAGAGGAUGAUGGGAAGAAAUCCUCUAUUGCGCUGAAGCUGUGGGUUGAAGAUCCUAAAAAGCUGAAGGGAAAGUACAAGGACACUGGUGCCAUCGAGUUUACCUUUGACUUGGUCGGGGAGGUCCCAGAGGUUGUCGCCCAAGAAAUGGUUGAAUCAGGUUUUUUCCUGGACUGUGAUGUGAAGAUAGUAGGGAAGUCCAUCCGGGAUCGCGUGGCACUCAUCAAAUGGAGGAGGGAGAGGACUGUCCUGUCAGGAAACGGCGAGUCAGCUGUGAAGAAGACGCAGCCGAACCUACUGCAGGUUCCCGGUUCAGGUGUACCAGAGGCUGCCACGUUUUCGACAACGGAUUAUGAGGACCAAGAGAUAGAGCAGCAGACCCUGAUCUGCACCGUACCAGCCACAACAUCUACCACAUCUGACAGUGGAGUGAGCUCUGCCAUGCAAUUAGAUGAUCUGAACAAUCAGCAAAACGGACCCUACCAGUCCCUUCCAGAGCCCAUUUCCACAGCUCAGAUAAUCUACAGUCCUCCUGCGCAGGCUGACCCACAGCUGCACCAGGGGCCCUACCAGCAACCCACAGUACAGGCCUCACAGGAAAACUACACACACGCAUCCGCUCAAUUACACCAGGGAGCCCACCAGCAAACCACAGGUCAGCUGCAUCCUGGGGCGUAUCAACAACCUGCAUCCCAGCUGCACCAAGGGCCUUUUCAGUCUCAAACAACAGUUUCUGUUCCGGCUACGCCAGCCCCAGCUCUGCACCAGAGUAGACAAACAGCACAGAGCUUCCAAGCUGAAGCACCUGUGCUCCAGACACAGCUUACUGCCCAAACCAGCCAGGAGCAGCUUUUACCUGCUGACCAGAGCACAUCUCACCUGAGUCCUCCUGACAUAGCAACCCAUUUUCCACAGUCAAUCUCUGGUGCACCUCCUCCACUCCUGCCCCUGCAGUUCAGCACACAGUUCCCCUCCCCAUAUCCUGUUGUUCAAACAGGAGGCAUCAACGCCUCCUCUUACCCCCCAGCUCCUCUGCAAUGUGCCUACAGCAGUAGUGGCCCUCAUCUGUCCAGCUCCCGCUUCUCACCUUCACCCCAGCAUCCCUCCCUCCCUCUGAGCCCUCACACUGUCUUCCCCUCUGUACCUUCCCUCGGCACCCCUCAGACCCCCCUGUCCACACCUCAGCACGUGCCUGGUGUGGCACUCCAUAUCCCACUAUUCACCAUGACCAUGUCCCCUGUAGUCCCCAAGCAGCAGGACGGCUCUCCCGUAUCUCAGGCUAACCUUGGUAGCUACCACACCAUGCAUCCCUUACCUCUCUCCCAGGUACAACCCACCCCAUACCCCACCCCCUACUCUGAGCAGGAACUGGCUGAGCAGCCUGUCCAGAUUCAGACUAUGGUCCAGCAUGGGUUGCCUGCUGUUCAGGCUCCUCUCUGGGAAAGUGGAGUGGAUACAGAAUCGUCUGCAACUGGCCAGAACUUACCUGUAGCAUCGACAGGAACAGCUCCAGCCCCCGACUCUAUCUCAGCUUCAGCUCAAGAAAAAACUGGAGCUCAAGCCCCAGCAGAUAUUCCAGCUCUGGUCACAGCACAAUACCAACCCUCAGUCCCAGUAUCUCCUCAAGCCACAGCCAUCCAUGAGACUACAGCCUCAACCCUCACAACAGUUCAAGCACCUGUGUCUGCACCAGGCCACUCUUAUGAACCACCAAAAGGCCCCUCUACUAGCUCGGACAUAUCUGGCUUGGCCUCAGCCUCAGCCCCAGUCCCUGUCCCAGUGCCAGCAGCCUCUGUUCAGUCUGCAGCUGCUGCUAAAUCUCCAGCUCCUAUCGCAGCUUCAAACCAGGCUCCAGUUCUGCAGCCUGAUGGCACUCAGACAGCAGGCUCGGUGUCUGAAUGUGCAAGCCUGGCCGCAGCUCAGCAAAACCUGGAGUCCACAUCUACAUCCAGCCCCUUUCAUCUAGAGCCCUGUUUAGAGGAUGUACUUCAGGACAAACCAUUAUCUUUACCCAGUUAUGCCUAUGACAGUCUCAACUCUGAUGUAGCGUCUGGUAAGGAAACCAGCGAUGGCUAUGACAGCUUGGCAAGUGGAGGGAAGGGGGACGGGAAACCCAGGAAACACCACCGCAAGUCUGCCCGCACGCGUUCCCGACAAGAGAAGACCAGCAAACCCAAACUGAGCAUGCUCAACGUUUGCAACACUGGAGAUAAAAUGGUGGAAUGCCAGCUGGAGACUCACAACCACAAAAUGGUGACCUUUAAAUUUGAUUUGGAUGGAGAUGCUCCAGAGGAAAUAGCUACAUACAUGGUAGAGAAUGGCUUCAUCCUGCUGUUAGAGAAGGAGAUCUUCAUCGACCAGCUAAAGGACAUUGUUGAUAAAGCUGAGGACAUGCUGAAUGAAGACGUGGAGGGUGAAAGAGCUUCCACUUUGAGUUGUAGUCCUCAGCAAGGCAUUAUUUCUGAAGGGCUGGUAGGAGAGAGUCAGCAGCAAGGAGCACAUCAGCCCGUCUAUCAGCAGAAUGUUCUCCACACAGGAAAGAGAUGGUUCAUAAUCUGCCCGGUAGAAGAAACGCCCACAUCCAGCCAGGACACCCCGUCUGAUGGUACAACCACACAGUCUCCUGGGAGUUCUACCACUACCCAGCCUGCUGAUAGUGGCACUGCCAGGCCAUCUGCAUCCAGAGAAGAGGGGUCAUCCUCAACAAUGUCUGGAGGAAGUGGAGGCUUCACAUACGAUGUGUAUGGAUUCUGCAGCCCUCCAAUAAUGUCGAACACAGACCCUCUACUCCUAGCUACUUUGUCUCCCCCUGUGUCUGCUCCUCCCACUCUUCAGUCAGUGUCCUCAGUGGAGCCUGCAGGCAGCGCGAUGCAGCCCAGCAUUCAUCAGGCGCAGCCAGCCAGAGCUCAAACUUUGCCUCCAUCGUCCCGACAUACAUCUUUUCCCAUUGAAGAGUCGCAUGGAUCCCCUUUGGGCUCCAUGUCUCCGAUCCAUGCAGCCCAGCAGCUACCCGACAUGACGUGUCCUGUUUCUAUGGCAGGCGAGAUGCCCUGCUGCCCCCUAGUGAUGCCCUUGUCCCUGGAUGUGAGCACUUUACAGGUGGGGUCUCCUCUCACUCCUCUGCCCCUCCAGGAAUCCGGCUCAGCCAAAGAGCCGCUGUCAGUCUCCUACACCUCUGCAGCGCGGAGCGAGCGCUCACAGCAGCCUGUGGUUCUCCACCAGCCUUUUUCCACUGUUGGUGGGACCAAAGCUCCCUCACUGCCCCAGAGUCCAGCACCUUCCCAGCAUGGUGCUGGGCCUGCAGAGUCAGACGGAGAGGGACGCCUGGGCCGUGGUGGCUUUGUGGACAGCACCAUAAAAACACUGGAUGAGAAACUAAGGAAUCUGCUCUACCAGGAGUAUGCCCCCAUGUAUCCAUCAGGAAGUACUGCAGAGACACCGGGCUCCGGCACCGAGUACAUCCAGUCUCCUCCUGGUCCAGAAAGCGCCACAGGGGGGUCAGGAAACAGCACCCCAGGGCCCAUGGGGGAGGGACGCUACAGAGCAGGAGAACAACUGCCUCAAAUUCCAGAGAGAAUGGAUAGUUUGAGCACACUGAGUGACUCAGCCGUGUGUGCGUCCCUGUCAAGAAGACACGUUCCUCACUCUGCUUCCUGCUCUGGAACAAGAGGAAGGUUUAAGCUAAUUUCCGUUCCUCCUGAAGUGGCCAACAGGCGAGAUGUAAAACAAAGGAGCUGGAGCAGCGCUGCCUCACCAGCACAUCCUUCAGGAUACCCUGAGGACCUUGUUCAGUCCGGGGCCAUGGCUGCCUCCACCACUAUUGGCCGUUUCUCUGUGGUCAGCACAGAAGAUGACAUUACCCAAAGGACACGAUGCAGCCGCUACUCUGCACCUCCUGAUUUCUAUCUGGACACGCCUCCUUCUAUGGCCAAGCGGGGCUCUCUGCCUCGCGCCCUGACUUCCCCCUCUGUCCCUGUGGAUGUCACGGUCCAUGCUCGUUUCCUCUCCUCGGACUCAGGGGCUGAGAGCAGCCCUGCAAAACUGGCUCCCGCUACCCCGUCUCAGCAUACUCGCUCUGAGCGCAGAGGAAGCGACCUCAUGAAGAGGGCAGUGGCCUUCCUCCGCCGCUCAGGGCGCAGCAGCAGCUUGCAGAGCUCUGACUCACCGAGUAGGCAUGGAGGAGUGCAUGGCUCAGCCUAUGCCAGCAGCGAUAAUGACUCAGAGAUGGAGGAUUCAGACAUGAAGAGGGAACUGCAGAGACUCAGGGAGAAACACCUGAGGGAAAUUUCUGAGCUGCAGGCCAAUCAGCGAGGGGAAGUUGAGCUGCUGUAUCACCGUCUUGGUAAAGCCCCUCCUCCUGGCCUGGGUCUCUCGCAUGUUGCACCACAAACCAGUCGCAGAAAAAGGUCCGGCAAGCACAGACUGAAGCCUGGCAAACUUCUUAGCCCCCUGGUUCAACAGUUUAGAAAUGUCACAACUAGAUCUAGUGACUCCAGCAAAUCCAGUGCUGCUACAGGAACGGCUGAGCCCACUGCGAGUUUAAACGGCUCUCCAGCAAAAGCUUCUCUCCCAACUCACGGCAGAACGGGCUCAUGCACCAGCCACCUGCCCAGCUCUACCUCAGAGCCUGUUCAGACUCAGCAGCCCUGUUCCCUCAAGGGCUCUUUGUCUUCUGAUAAUAUUUACGCCGGACUGCAUGGAGAUAGCACCGGCACACAAGCGCCCCUUGGACAAGGCUGGUCUAAUUACCCUCAAACAUCUGAGAGAGUGACCAAUAAAUCGAGUAGCAAGCCCCGAGCUAGAUUUCUCAGUGGGCCUGUGUCUUUGUCUAUCUGGACAACACUGAAGCGACUGUGUCUUGGCAAAGAGCGUGGCAGGUCUGGAGCCAGCUCGGGGGCUUCUAAUCAAUCACAGCAACCGCCUAUGGGUGCCACGCCUCCUUCUCAUCAGCCAGUGAUGGGACUGGCUCAGGCUCAGGCCAAUAACAGCAACAACAAAACAGCCACAUACACUGGUUAUCCCAUGUGUGCAAAUGAGAACAACCUGCCUGAGGACUUGCAGCGGCUGAUGGAGGACUGGGCCCAGGAGGUCCUGAUUGUCACCCACAGGCCAGGCACUGACUCUCUGAGCAUCAGCGGGCAGCAGCUUUGGGAUCAUGUUGUGCCUCGAACACAAGAGCAACUGGCUAGUGCUAGAUAUGCCACAUCAUGGACAGUCGCUGAUCGAGAGGCCUGCAGUCUUCCCCUGUCAUGGCUGGACAGUCCAGGGUCAACAAUGAAGACCUGCCCCUCUUCAGGGCCCCAUCCAAAUGAUCAGCUGCCAUUGGCCCCUCCUUUCAGGGCAGUGUCCUCACAUGUGUCCGUUGGCCAGUGGCCUGGGUUUCUCUCCCCACUUCCUUCAGGAGUUUUUGCCUUUCCUGCUUUGCCCUCGGCCCAGGACACCCCAAGCACCACUCCAGCUCCAUCAUAUCAGCCGCCUGACCCCAAAGCCAGGACUCUCUAAUUUGAGUAGCAUUGUGUCUUCCAAUUCUUUUACCAAAAAGAAAUCUCAUUAUAGGUCUAGUCAAUCGUAUGUGCAUAUGCUGUGUAUAUUUAACCAGCAUGAAUUCAACCAUAUGUACAUAUUUGUCUCCAGUCAUGAGUAAUGUGUAAGUUUUGUUUCAUUUGCAGCAACAUACCUCAUGUCCAUGUUACAGUACAAAAUCCUUGAGUGCAGUGUAAAGGUGGUAGUACAUUAAAUGAUGCAUACUUAGCCAAUUUGGUUUAAAAGUGCAGAUUUUUGUCAUUGCUUAUGUAUGUACCUUACACAUUGAAUGUACAUAUUGUAUUGUUAUUUAUGCUGUGUUUAUAAAAGUAGUUAAUGUUUGUGUUGCUCAUAUCACCCCACAUAUAUAAGCUGCCAUCUGUAUAUAAUAACUCCUGUCAGUCUGUACAUAGGAGCGCCUGUGUUUGUACAGAUAACAUUAGAUAAUCUAUAAGUUGGUGCUGCAGAUAUGUGUCUUAGUGCAACACCUUAUUAGCCACCAUCAUGCCGUCACUGUGAGGACUUGACAUCCUGGUCACUAGGACCAGCUGCUGUAUUCUGCUCUCUGUCAGGGGAAAGGUUUCAUUCUUCAUCAAUGAAUGCUUCCAGCACAAGCGCUUGAAAUAUUCCUUAAGAGAUUUAAAUGAACUUGAACUUUAUCUGCAGGUGAAAGAACACCUGUGAGAGUGCCUUGAAUAUCAGUUUCAAUUUUAUGAAGAAAAGCAUCUACAUUCAAAGCAGAAACUAGAUAUUCUGUAUAUGCAUUCACCUUCAAUGGUAAAUAAUUUGAUUUGAAUAAUGAAUGUGGACUGAAACGUAUUUGAUUUAGCAACAAAACAUUAUCAAACUAUAAUCUGGUGGUGUUGAAGUUCACGAGAUAUCACAGAUUGUAAAGAACACUUGUUCACUGAGGUCAUUUCUGUGGGGAUCGCUCUCCCACCUACACCACCGCCUGCAUGAAUACACUGAUAUUCUGAAUGUGCUCAGGUUGAUGUGGUGUGUUAGAGGAGGAAACUGUUUAGAGAAACUGGCAAUGGAACCAAACAACAAGGAGGGCUUAAGGACUCAACAUAGGAGUCAAAAUCAUAAUCAUACCAUACCUCUUCUAAUGCAAUCUGUAGCUUUACAUAUUGUUGCCUUUGUGGUUUUUAAGAGAUUACUGUGAGGUUGGUUGUUGUUUGAUAAAUGAUAUGGGGAUGUAAGAGGACACGUGAAGAAUGUGAAUUGUUGAGAAGCCACAACUGUUAUUUGUACAAUGCGUAGAUUUUCUAAAUUUUGUUUGUUAGAUACUGGCUACACAGCGUCAUCUAUCACUUACUGCUUAUUGUAUGUAAAAUGGCUGACUUAAUCCAAAUAUGUCCAAGAAAUAUUGUGCUACCACUGUUUUAAGUUAUGUCAGCAGUAUGGCCUCAGAAUUAACACACUCGAUACGUACUUCUCUUUAAAACUUGUAUAACUCCCUCUAAAGAAUAGUUUGAUUAAUGCAUCAGUGUUGUAAGUAUUUUCAAAACCAAGCAAUGGCAAAAAUCUAUUUAGUCGAGUCUUUAAACUGAGAAAGCUAUAGUAGAGGGAUUAGUUUCCCAACUCAUAUGUUUAAGGGUUAAUCCGGCAAUUUCACAAGAGACUAAGCAGAGAUUAAGAAAAAAUUAUUCAGCAGAGGCCGAUAUAUCCUGAGCAGAGAAGCUUGGAAGCUGCAUUAUUCAGUAAGGAGAUUUUUUUCUAUUUUGAAAGCUCCUUCCAGAGCCACAGAAGACAAUUAACAAAAGCAAAAAGGUAAGACCGGCUAAAAAACUCUGCUUGAGUAAGAGAAACCAUUUCGAGUGUAUAAUCAAUAGAUGCCCCUCUUUAAACACUUCCAUGUUUGCACAAAUGCGACAAUCUUUUGAUUCCACUCAAUCGUUUUAAAGGCAGAAGUCUUUCCAUGAUGACAUUUAGAUUUAUUUCUCUGAUAUUCAUCUUCUAUUCAGCUAUUUUUAUUGUGCUUUUCACAACUCUUGUCUUUGAUCUCUUUAGUGCUUGCAACGAAAGCCUGGUAGUUGAUUGCUUUUGCCUGCUGUAUCGCCUGUUCUCAGCCAUUUCCCGACCCUAUCAGAAUGGUGUAGGCCUACUCUCACAAAAGCUGUACAUACUUGAAGUAAGAAAUAAUAAAUUAAUUUUUUGCUUGACA